UCCUCUCUCUCUCUCUCGCUCCCGCGCGACCUCGCCUCUCUCUCGCUCUCGGCCGCCGCCACCGGCCUCGUCGCCUCCCUCUCUUCGCUCUCGCAGCUCGCGACCGGUAAGUCCCGGCCGCAACAUGCCGCGCACGACUACGGUGGAGUCCCCCGGCUGCCCUCCCCUGCGGGCCCUCGCCUUCGACGUCCUCGGCCUCGUGAAAGUUGUGGAAGCCAGAGGAAAGCAAGGAGGCGUCCCUUCGGUGGUCGAGCGCUGGGGCGAGCCGGAACCGCGCAGCUGCGUGCUCGCCGCGUCCAUCGACGACCGCAAGCGAGAGCCUAUGCUAGCAGUUGCCAGAAAAUGUGGUAAGAUUGAGCUCCUUAACCCUCUUAAUGGGGACACUCGAGUUGUAAUUUCCGAUGCCAUUGAUACAAAAGCUGAAGAUGAUCCUGUUAUUGGGUUACAUCUAUUCAGAAGAGAGAGAACAGAGGAAAGAUCGAGGUCAUGCACUUUACUUUCAUGUACAACCAAGGGAAAUGCAGUUAUGAGAUCCUUUGAAGUUACGGAUUCACCUGAAGACUCUGUCGCCAAUAGCACAACAAAUAAAUGGAAUGUAUGUGCUGCAGGGAGUGUAUUGUGUUGUAAAGUGGAUGAAAGUGAAAAUUAUGCUGCAGUAGGGGGCAAAGGGGUUGAACUUAACAUUUGGGAUCUUGACAAGUGCAGUAAGAUGUGGACUGCAAAAUCGCCCCCAAAGAACAACCUUGGAAUUUUCACGCCUACUUGGUUUACAUCCGCAACAUUCCUUUGCAAAGAUGAUCAUCGUAAAGUCGUGGCUGGUACUAACAGUCAUCAGGUCCGCCUCUAUGAUAGUUCUGCUCAGCGCAGACCUGUUUUAUCGUUUGAUUUUCGGGAAACCCCCAUUAAAGCAGUUACUGAGGAUAUAGACGGUCAUACAGUCUAUGUCGGGAAUGGGUCUGGAGAUCUUGCAUCAUUUGACAUGCGCACAGGAAAAUUGCUAGGAUGCUUUCUGGGGAAGUGUUCUGGAAGCAUCCGAUAUAUAUCCAGGCAUCUGGACUUCCCAGUGAUAGCAUCUUGUGGACUCGAUAGCUAUUUGCGCCUUUGGGAUGUGAAGUCACGACAACUUCUUUCUGCGGUCUUUUUGAAACAGCACCUCAACUGUGUCCUCUUUGAUUCUGGCUUUGCUGAUGAAGAGCUUGUCCAAAAUGCACGAGAUGUGCCAGAAAUUGAGGCCCAGAGUCAGAGGGUAGAUGAAACCCGACUUGGAGAUGAGGAAGGAACGCUCCCAGUGAAGAGGAAGAAGAAGAAGAAGAAGACACAUAAAGAAGGCAGAGAUCGCAAGACAUCCAGUAAAGAAAAUGAUGGAAGUGAAAAGCUGAACCAUAAGAAGAAAAUCAAAAGAGUGAAGACAGUAGCUAGUGAAGACGAUGUAUUGUGACCGGAGAUAAGCAUGCAGCACUUGCGGUACUGUGAUUAGGUCGAUCCUCGGCCUUUGUGAAGCCAUCGAAUAUUCAUGAGGUAGUUAGAUACCGAGCCAUCGCCAAGUUUUGUCAUUCACUAAAAGUUUUGGGUGAAGUUUUGUCAUCGUGUCUCAAUUAUCAACACUGUAACAUGGUUAGGAAAAUACGUGAAGAGUAUCUUCAAAUCUAACCAGCUGAAGCACUUGGGAAGAUAUCGUGAUCAUCUUGUUGAUUGUUGACUAGAAGGAUCUUAAGAUGAGAAUGCAGAGGGUGUGUACUCUAGCUUUCAUUGCAUAUUAGACAAAAAUGGUCGUUUUCUUGCAAUGCAAGGAUACAGCUGAUCCGCA